GUACGUAUGCGUUUAAUCAGUCAAAUCUGUAUCAACAAACACAAAAAUCUCUCUUUUUCAUACAUUUUCUCUUCGCACCCUCUCUUGAUUCCGUUCAACGCCUAGGCUAAAGUCAAUCAUCAUCAUCAUCAGUUGCUUCUGAUUGUUCCAGGGGAUUUCGCAGUGUGUGUCUUAAUCAGAAAAAAUCACUCAGAUCAGGGUUUUGUUGGUUUUCGUGAAUUGGGUUUUACGCUGAGCCGUUGAAGUUGUGGCUGUGUGUGUUAUCUUCAUUAGAAUCCAGUAUUGUUGAUCAGAGCGGAUUGAAAUUAGGAUUUGCGUUUCAGAGAAUUGGAUUGUGAAUUAAAGGUUUUUUUUUUUGCUAUUGAGUGUUCGUGUAGAUAUUCAUGUGUAUAGAUUCUUGUUUUAGAGCUUACGAUGGGUUGCGUAAGUUCUAGGCAUAGGCCUUUUAGGAGAAAGUCGACACUUAACGAUUCAUCGGAUAAACGUUCCUCGCGGAUUGAUUCCUCGAGGAUAGAUGAUUGGAUCCAACCGGAAGGUGGGUUUGGUAGAUCGAGUAGAAGAGGAGAUGCUAAAGAUAGGUUAAUUGAAUCCGAAAUGUUUAGUUCCAGUAGGUUUUAUGAUCAUCAGAUUGGUAAGAUACUGGAGAAUCCUGAGAUAGCUGAUCAUAUGGAUCGAGCUGUUCAUGACCAGGAAUCGAAAAGGGCCUCGAGUGUUGUUGUAAAACCAGAUUUGGAGAUUGAUCCAAGUGUUAUCAAACCGAAGCUAGAUAGAUGGAAUAGCAGAGAUUCCAAAGUUGGGCUGCUUGAAUCCGAAAAGUUGAGUUCCAAAAGGUUGUCUGAUCAUCAUCAGAUUGAGAAGGAACCAGAGAAUCAUGAGAAUGAAGAUUCGGUUCAAGCUGUUCCUCAGGAAAUGAGUAAGAAUCCGAAUGUUGUUGUUCCAAAGGACGCAGAGUUGAAGCAAGUAUCAUCAGGAUGGCCGACUUGGCUAGUCUCUGUAGCUGCCGAGGCAUUAGUGGAUUGGGCUCCACGACGAGCAAGUACUUUCGAGAAACUGGAGAAAAUUGGCCAAGGAACAUAUAGCAGCGUCUACAGGGCUCGUGAUCUUCUUCAUAACAAGAUUGUUGCGCUCAAAAAAGUCCGGUUUGAUCUCAACGAUAUAGAAAGUGUCAAGUUUAUGGCGAGAGAGAUCAUUGUAAUGCGACGUCUUGACCAUCCGAAUGUCCUGAAAUUAGAAGGAUUGAUCACUGCCCCUGUUUCAUCGUCUCUCUACUUAGUUUUCGAGUACAUGGAUCAUGAUCUCUUAGGACUUUCUUCCCUACCCGGUGUCAAGUUUUCAGAGCCUCAGGUUAAAUGUUACAUGCGACAACUUCUAAGUGGGCUUGAACAUUGUCACAGCCGCGGUGUUCUUCAUCGGGAUAUAAAGGGCUCAAAUCUACUGAUUGACAGUAACGGAGUCUUGAAGAUAGCAGAUUUUGGGUUAGCUACAUUUUUCGACCCUGCAAAAACUGGUCCAUUGACUAGCCAUGUUGUCACUCUUUGGUACCGACCACCAGAACUUUUGCUCGGAGCCUCUCAUUACGGUGUUGGGGUUGAUCUUUGGAGCACAGGUUGCAUCUUAGGUGAAUUGUAUGCCGGUAAACCAAUCCUACCUGGAAAAACUGAGGUAGAACAGUUGCAUAAAAUAUUCAAGCUAUGCGGUUCACCAACAGAAAAUUACUGGAGGAAACAGAAGUUACCAUCUUCAGCUGGAUUCAAGACCGCGAUUCCUUAUAGACGGAGAUUAUCAGAGAUGUUUAAGGACUUUCCCGCGAGUGUUCUUUCGCUUUUAGAGACUUUGCUCUCCAUAGAUCCUGAUCACCGGAGCUCUGCGAAUUGUGCCCUUGAGAGUGAGUACUUUAAAACCAAGCCGUUUGCUUGUGAUCCAUCUUAUCUACCAAAAUAUCCUCCUAGUAAAGAGAUUGAUGCUAAAUUGCGCGAUGAAGCGAAAAGGCAACGACCCAUGAGGGCGGAGAAACAAGAAAGGCAAGACUCUCACGCGAGAAGAUCACACGAGAGAAAACUUGUCCCACCGAUCAAAACAAAUCACUCCCUAUCAAUGACAAUGGAGAAACCAUACUUAGAUCUGAAGAGCAGAAAUGAUACUUUCAAGUCGUUUAAGGAGGAGAGGAGUUCUCAUGGCCCAAUUCCUGAUUAUCUAAAUACGCACACCAGAAACAAUCAAACCGGUGGGAGAGUUUCACACUCGGGUCCGUUGAUGAGCAACCGAAACAUGGCUAAAUCAACACUGCAUGUGAAGGAGAAUGCACCUCCUAGAUACCCUCCUUCUAGAGUGAACCCGAAGAUGUUAACGGGCUCGGUCUCCUCCAAAACAUUAUUAGAUCAACCAGUCAUGAAUCGACGAGGAAGGGAUCGAAGAGCAUACAACAGAGCUGACACUAUGGAUAGUAGACACAUGACAACACCAAUUGACCCAUCUUGGUAUAAUCCUAGCGAUAGCAAGAUUUACAUGUCGGGUCCAUUGUUGGCUCAGCCAAGCAGAGUGGAUCAGAUGCUUGAAGAACAUGACAGACAGCUUCAGGAAUUUAGCAGACAAGCACAGAAGACACGAGAAGGCAAAACUGGCAAAUGAUAAAGCUAAUCACGAAGAACAAAACGCUGAGCUUUUGUCUUUUAACUUCCAAACUACUGUAGAGCAGAAGAGUUGCUCAAAGGAAAAGGCAGAACCACUUGAGUCAGAUGUCAUAUGAAUCUGGUGAUUCAUGUAUUUGGAUUAUACGAUCUAUUAAUGGUCUUCAUGGCUUAAGCCCCGAUUGUUUGAUUAGAUUAUUGUAUUAAUGAGUUGUCACUAUAGUGUUUGAUCUGUGUACAUAUGGAAAUCUGUUCUUUAUAUAAUUUAUACAGAUGUGAUUGUUGCUAUGGUAAUGGUAUAAUGGUGAUAAUAAGAUUAACCGA